AUGCUGGCGCUGCACAGAAUAAAAAGAAUAAGCAACGCUCACCGCCUACUGCUAAACGAAGAGAGAAACAAAAUUCACGUGGCCAUACACGAGCAUGAAGACUUCCUCCCAAACAAUAACAGCAAAGUCUGCAGGAACAAAUACAAAAAUGUGGGCAACCUCCACCGAAUCAUCCACAGCGGGGUGUUAAAGGGGCAUAGAAAUGUUUACUUUUACAAAUGCCUCCUGCGAAUUGCGGAGAAGAGGAGAAAUGACCUGAGUUUACACCAAAUAAAUGUAAUUUUAAAGGCACUUUUACGAGGCAAGAUUUACAGGUAUGCCUCAUUCCACUCGUUCGAGAUGCCCAUUUUGAAUCAUCUAAACUGGUUAAGCGGAUUGAUUAGCCAUGUGGAGGAGGGUAGCCUUAGCGGGAGUGGCAAAACUCAUCAGAGCAGGAAGGAACCCCUCAGGAUCAGCCACCCUAAUCACACCAACGGGAAGGAGGCAAACAAGUUCAAAAAAUCCCUUUUGAGGGAGAGAAUACACACAUUAGGGAAACCGCAGCCCUGGAUGGGAGACCCUUCCAAAGAGAAGGAAAUAAUUUCAGACCAAUUUAACAUCAUAAUUGACAUUUUCAAAAGCUACUUAAAAGUUUUGAAUUUCCACUUUUGCUUUUUAAGCCAAACGAUGUUCUUCUUCAUAAUUAGAAAUUGCCAGUACCUACCACAUGGGCAAAAUUUAAUGUCCAUUUGGGGCAUCUAUGUGAAGCGAGUUAUGUCCUCUCACCGUUUGGCGAUUCCGAAGGAGGGGUAUUCACCCCGUAUGGGCAUAAAUCAACCAGUUGGUGGAGAUUCCACAGGGUAUCUUCUUACCCCUCCUGUAUGUGCCCCCCCAGGGGAAGAAUCACCAAGGGUUAAGCUGUAUAGACAUAAGUACACACAGAACAUUCACGCAAAGACGGUGCGAAACUACACCCUUGCUUUUAAAAAUGAGAAAAGGAAGAAAUGGGGAGGAAAAAAAAAACAUCCCUGUAACCCCCUUUUUUGUAAAAACGGAAAUCUCACUCUUUGCAAAUAUACGGUCAUGCUCAUUUUGAAGAAAGACAAAUUAGCUAGCUACUGCAAGCUGGGCAAGAAGAAAAGGACUCUCCACAAAAAUGAAUACCUUUCAAAUGGCUACCUGUACAAAAUGAAGAACACAAAUAUCGUGUUGGAUUUCCAGUCGAAGAAGUACCUAAUCAAAGUAGGGUUCGUGCACAAUCGGGCGUUCCUCCAAGGGGAGGGGUUCCCCAAAGAUUUGGUGACGAAUGGGCCCUUCCUGCGAAGCGUUUCCAACUGGAUGUCCCAGCUCAAGGUGAGGUGUCGCCUCCUUGGUGGGGUUACAAACAGGGAUUGA